GCAUAAAUGUCCAUGGGGAAAAAUUUUGACAAAGGCUAAAUUGUGAGAUUGUAUCGAAUGUGAAUAUUUUUUCUGGUUUCUUUGCCCCUCUGUGACGUUGAACUGAAUCUCUUUGGUGUUUGGAUAAAAACACGACAUCAUGUUGGAGUUUUGGGGAAACACAAUCUGCAUUUGUCACCAUUUAACGGACCAAACAACUAAUCGAUUGAUCAAUAAUCGACAGAUUAAUCGAUAAUGAAAAUAAUCGCCAGCCGCAGCCCUAGUUCAUUCGACCAACGUAUUCAAAACAUCCCUGAGGGAAUCAGAAUAUUUACUUUCCUGCAGUUUCUUCUUCUCCCUCCCACAAAGCUCCAUGUCCUCUUCUUCUUUCUUCUUCUUCGAUGGUGUGAACGCGAACGCGCUCGGGGUAGGCUGCUAUUAAAUGGGCGGAGCUGCCGGGCGCGCUCACGUCACGCAGCGGCUCCCGGUGGCGCCACAUAAAAGCGCGCGUCCCCCCGGCCGACCGGCGGACCUCAGCCUGAACCUCACCGACACACCGGAUCGGACCGCACCGACGACCGGAGACCGGAACCAGCGCCGGAAAUAAAAAAAAACUCCAGCACAGACUCGACUGGAUCAGACAAACACAUGAGACGGGCGGAUACCCACUGCUGACGUCAACUAGGACAAAACACUCAAACAGCCCUCCACCACCCCCCCACUGUGGCCCGCCUGUCGUGGGAUGCUGCAGUCAGAGGGGGAGUCGAUGCCCUAACCCAGUAGGAGGUGUGGCAUAGUUCAAAUCAUGGGGGACUCCGUCUUCAACUGCUGUUCUUUCCCACCCCGUCCCCCAGGAGAGGAGGAAGCCCCCCGCCGGGCCCGACGCGCGCACACCAUGGCCUCGAACAUCUCCUCCGACAAGCGCUUCCUCAUCUUCUUCGACUUCGACGAGACCAUCGUGGACGAGACCAGCGACGACAUGGUGGUGCAGGCGGCGCCGGGGCAGCACCUGCCCGGCUGGCUGAAGGACACCUACCAGCCGGGCCGCUACAACGAGUACAUGCAGCGCGUGCUCGCCUACCUGGCGGAGCAGGGCGUCACCGAGAGCGACAUCCGCAGCAUCAUGGAGAAGAUCCCGUCCACGCCGGGCAUGAGCACGCUCUUCCAGUUCCUGCGCGUGCGGCCGCCGCAGGACUUCGAGGUGGUGCUGCUGUCCGACGCCAACACCUUCUUCAUCGAGUCGUGGCUGCGGCGCACCGGGGCGCGCCAGCUCUUCCACCGCGUCUUCACCAACCCGGCCACGUUCAACAAGGACGGCCGGCUGGUGAUGAGGCCCUUCCACUCGCACGACUGCCCGCGCUGCCCGGACAACAUGUGCAAGCAGGCGGUGCUGCGGGACUACGUGGCCCGCAGGACGCAGGAGCGCGGCCGGCCCUACCAGCGGCUCUUCUACGUGGGCGACGGCGCCAACGACUUCUGCCCGGCGCUCGCCCUCGGCCCGCGCGACGUGGUGUUCCCGCGCCGGGACUUCCCCAUGCACCGGCUCAUCACGGAGACGCACGAGGCCAUGCCGGGCGAGUUCAAGGCGGUCACGGUGCCGUGGGCGAGCGCGGAGGAGGUGGUGCAGCGGCUGAGGAAGCUGGUGGCCGAGUAGAGAGGGGCCGCGGGGCGACCGAGGGGCCACCGAGGUGACGUCUAAUAUGUGACGUCAGCCUCUCGCGUUGUGGGCCAGAGGUCACUCAGUUCACACCAUCAGCUGGUUAAUGAUCACAGAACCUGCCACUGUCCCAUCAACUGAGGGAAUCGAUAACCAAUCCAGUGCUUUGUGCUUCAAAUUGUAUUUAGAGCUUUAAAGUUUGAGUGCAUAAUAAUAAUAAUAAUAAUGGGUUAACAUUUAAAUUAAUUAUUUAUGGAUUAUUAUACUUAAACUAAUCACCUUAAUAAUAAUAUUUAUCAUGGGUGUCAACCAAGUGACUGGUUGCUCUUGCAGUACAAUUAUAGGUUUGUUUUCUUACUAACGGCACUUUUUGACAAGGAAAUCUUAAAUUGUAUAGUGUCAAUCGGUGAACACGCAGGAACACUGUUACCUGACGGCCAUGUCAGUGGCCUGUAUACAAAGUGACCAAACAAGAAAAAGCGUUUUGUCUAUACAUCUAACCGUAUAUGUCUAAUUUCAGAAAUGUAUGACUGUGUGUGUUUUUGUUUAUGUUGUUUAUUAUCAGUCUGUUGUGUCUUCGCUGUGUAGGCGAGGCCUACUGAACAGAAAUAUUAUCACCAGCAGGAAUAAAGCCAUCAACUGAAA